GUGGAGUGUUUUUGUUUCGGGAUGCAGGACAGCUAGCACGCUAGCUAACUUGGCAGGAAGGGUAGCUUACAAGCCUUACUUAACAUUAGUUUCAUUUCUUUGCUAUUUGCGAGCUGGACUAGCUUGCUAGGUAAUGAUAUGACAACUAACUGAGCAAACCUAGUCUGUUAUUAGCUAAUUUAGCAUAUUCACUGCUAUUUUUUAUAACUAGCAAGCUAUAACGGUAGUUUCACGUAGCUAAACUCAUACUAGUUGGUUGCCUUAGUUUAUCCAAUGCAGAAAUGAACGAAAGCACGUCAAACUAUUGAAGUAGCUAACGCUCGAUGGUUUGCUUGCAUGCAUCGAUAUUGCAUUAUACAGAGUGAAAAUUGUUGUCUUGUGUGCUCGCUAGCUAGCUACAUGUGAAAUAAGUCUCUAGCAUUUUAAAUGUCGCGGUUGAAUGUGACGCUGUGGUAGAGGUUAGUUGUUUACGUUAGCGGUCAGUGAUCGUAACUUGCUAGCAAGCUAAACAUAUUUUUGAUUUUCAAUGCAUUAAUAAUGCCUGCAUAGGUGUUACCUAAACCCCAAACAUGCAAGGUUGAUUUUUGCUAACUGGUCUUGGUAAUGUUAGCUCUGUUUCCAGAUAAGCGCGGGUGGUUGCCUUGGUUACAGACUGUACCGUCAGCUUGUUGCGCUCCCGCUGCUAUCUGUGUGUAUACUAGCUAGCUAUCGGAGAUGCUGAGGACAGAAGACUGACACUUCGUCAUUGUUAAACAAUAUGAAUAGCAUCGAUACAAAAUGCGGAUAAACUGCCCUUUCAGAGAGUCCGUCAUUGUAAGGAAUGGAAAAGACUCCUGAGGUAAUCAUCCGACGGCCCCCGAGUGCCACUACCAGCCACCCGGGCUGCGCCCUGCAUCACAGCCAGACACAAUGAAGAAAAUAUUCAGCUUCGCCAAGAAAAAGAAGGGGUUCUCUCCUAAUUCGUCUGACACGGGCAGUGUGCUGUCGGUCGGAUAUGAGAUUAAGGAGAAGGACUUAAGUAAGAUCCACAAAGCUGCAUCUUCGGGCGAUCUUUCCAAGCUGAAACAACUCGCAAAGAAGAAUGAUUUAAGUCAACUGGAUAAAGAAAACAGAACACCUCUACACAUCGCCUGUGCUAAUGGACACGUUGAGAUUGUGCAGUUCUUGGUGGAGAGCAAAGCCAAGCUGAACCUAUGUGACAAUCAGAACAGAUCCCCGUUAAUGAAGGCAGUGCAGUGCCAGCAGGAGCGCUGUGUGGUCACCCUUUUGGAGCACAAUGCUGACCCCAACCUGGUGGACAUCAAUGGGAACACUGCCUUGCACCUGGCUGCCCUCAUCCCCUCCAUCUCCAUGGCUGUGCAGCUGCUGGAGCAUGAAGCCAACGUCAAUGCCCAGAACAAGGACGGUUGCACCCCUCUGACUCUGGCUGUGACAGAAAACCAUGUCGAAAUGGCAGAGUUCCUCCUGAAGGAGGGAGCAGACAUGAAUGCGGCUGACCAGGGUGAAAGGACGUCUUUGAUGAUUGCUGCUUGUAACGGGCAGAUCAGCAUGGUGCGCCUGCUCUUGCGGUACAAUGCAGACGUAACGAUAAAGGACGAGAAAGGGUGGACAUCUGAUGACUACGCGGUCAUGAAUGGUCACCAUGCGUGUUCGCAUCUGAUAAUUGAACAUGGAACAAAGGGGAAGACUCAGCCAUCGCCCUCUCAUUUCGCUUCGGCUGGAAAGAAGCCGGCGGCCGUAUUGGGCAGCCCACGGCACAUGGCUCAGGCAGGCCCUGCCCUAGGGCAACCAGCCACUGACAGAGAAGAACUGCAGCUGUCAGGAGCAGCUGAAGCAGGCAAAGUUGAUGAAGAUGAUUCACAGGCAGAAUCUAUCAGUAGAGCAUCACGUAGAGGCGCUGGUGAUUCAUGGCCUUCUUCAGAUGAAGAUGACUUAGACUUCAGCCCAAAGAAAACACAAAAGCCAAACCUAAAGAAACUAAUGAGUGCCUCACAAAAGGGCAGGACUGAUGAGGGAGGGCUUUCAGAUGUGGCUUUCACCAGUAAACCAAGAGGAAACUCGCAGGAAGAGGGGGAAAGUGACAGUCCAGAGGGACAGGAAGAGGAGGAGUCUGACGAGGAAGAUGAGGACGAGGAAGAUGAAGUAGACGAAGAAGACGAGGGUGAUGAUGAUGAUGAGGAUGAUGAGGAGGAGGAUGAAGAUGCUGAGGAAGAAAGUGAAGAAGAUGAAGAAGUUGAUGAGGAGCAGGAUGAAGAGGAGGAGGAGGAGGAUGAUAUGGAGAAGGAUGACGUUGCUGUGGCUCACAUCAGGAAUGAUGGCAUUAAUGAUGAAGAGUUGCCAAGACCUGUCACAGCAGGAGCUGAUGCUGAUAUUGAAGAGGAAGCUGACGUAGAGCAGCCCCUGGUUGAAGGUCAUGACCCUCACCAGUCUGCAGCAGGUACUGACCAAGCAGCAGUGACUGAAGACCAGGAACCCAUGGAAAAUGUGUUUCGUGUGAAAAUCAGAAAUGAUAACGGCAAUGAUCAUGAAGAUGAGGGGCUUUCCAAAAAUAUAAUCAAUGAAGCUGAUAAUGGCACCCUAGGAAUCCUGGACUUUGGAGAAGAUUGUGUUGUGUCCGCCAUCAGAGUUGAGUCAGGGUAUUCGGAUGAAGAGGAAGAUCAUGGAAAUAAAGAGAAUUCAGAUAAGGACCAUGUUGAGGCAAGGUCCCCACAAGAACCAAAGGUGCUGCCUCAGCAGAACGUGGGCUGGAAUGUUCAGGCAGAAGAGCCCCCUUUUCCUGAUAUGUCUUGGGGGGAUGAUAACAAUGAGAGUGAUGAUUUGGCUCAUUCCCCAGAAGAACCUAAAGAUCCUCCUCUGCACACUGGCCUUACCCUAUCGGGGAAAAGUCCAGAGGAGCCAGUCUCUCCUGAUGUGUCUAGGAGAGAUGAAAAGGACAGAGUUGAAAACAGUGCAAAACAAAAAUUUAUAGGAAGUAUGUCUCCAGUUUUGGCAGAGCCAAACUUACAAAAAAGCUCAGACAAGACUUUGCUUGGAAAAGAGAUGGAUGAGCCCACAUCACCUGUUGAAUCCUGGGUAGAGAAAAAGGGCGUUCAUGUGAGAGCAUCCGGCCAUAGUCAUGACAUUUCAAUAUCUGGGUCCCAUAGAAAGCCAAUGACACUGCCUCAAAAGAAUGUAGGCACAAACCUGUUAUCUAAAAGGAGAGAUCAACCUUCCUCUCCUGAGUUGUCUUGGGGAGAUGAAAAGGAUGAAGAUAAUGAAGGCCCCACUUAUAAUGAUGAAGCUUUGGAGAUGCAGCCUGCAGCUGUGAUUGAAUCCAAGGCCAGUGAUUCAUGGGAUUCAGAUGAGGGGAAUUUGAAGAGUGAGCACUUACAGCCAGCUGGCAAAGUUGCUGAGCAGCAGGAGUACAGUGCUCCUGUGUCACUGAUUGUCGGCCAUUAUGAAGGCCCUUAUGAGCCCAAGGAGGAUUCUGGGAAGAUUGCAGCAGGUUCUAGUAAGGCAAAUGAGGAGAGGGUAGAAUCCCCGUGCAUGAGCGCUGAGAAGCAGUCAGAGUCUGAUAUUGACUGGGGAGAUGAAAUUUCCAAUCAUGAACAAUUACCUCAGACUGCCAUUGAUGAUGUUGAGCUUGAUCCACCUCUUGGGGAAGAUCUUGAGGGGCUAAUGGUCAGAGCCACCGAAGAUAAACGAGCCACAAAUUUGAAAAUUUAUAAUGCAGGAGCAUCUAAGGAUGGCAUUUCCACUGAAGACGAUGAGGAAGACGAGGAUGAAGAAGAUGAUGAUGAUGAAGAAACCAAAGAGGAUGAGAAUGAAGAGAACAAAAAUAUAGAGGUUCCUGAUAUUAAUACAAAUGCUCAGGAUGGUCAGAAGUCACAUGGUGCCAGUGUAAAACAGAAAAGUGAACCUUCUAAAGAUGUCAAAAGAGAUUUCCUGUCAGAAUUGGGUCUGGAGGGAGGAGAGGAGGAGGAGGAUUCGCCCUGGGACUCUGAGUCUGGCUCUGACAGUCCAGGGAAACUGCAAGGUGUGGCCCACACCCCUGUGAAGGCACAUAAAGUGAUGGCCAGCAUUUCAGAGGAGAAAAAUGAAGACCCCUUUUACAUUCCUUCUUUCUUAAGAGGAUCAAGACACUGUAGGAUGGCUAAUCUAGAGAUUCCAAGGAGAUUAGUCAGGACGGGAGACCUUUCAGCUCCGGAUUUGCAAGAUGGUGGUUUGGAAAAGAAGCCAGUAUUAAAAGCUCAGCCAGCACCUGUCUUACCCAAACCAGCUGAACCUAAAGAUGAUGCUGUCAAAAACAAAGAUUUAAUGGAAGAACUUGGUUUGGAUGAUGCUGAUGAUCUUGAAGAUGCUUCGGACUGGGACACAGCGAGCACCGCCAGCCGGACCAUCGCUGGGCGCAAGCUGGCCUCGCCCUCGGGAGAGGAGCCCGGCGAGAGGCCGCCUGCCGCUCAGAGCAAAGCCCAGGGUCCCCCUAGCCCGACGGCCCGAACCCCCCCACUGCCCAGCCCCCGUUCCUCAAACCCCUCCACAACACUGCAGCCUCAGCCACAUCCCCGUGCCAGGAGACUUCUACCUGCCAAAGCAGAGAGCGAGGAAGAGUCUGACUGGGAUUCAGAAAGCGGUACCCCUGCCUCUAGUCCGAGAAAGACUGGAAAACUACAGCCAAAUCUGCCUGAAGAUAAAGCCAUAUCUAAGCCAGACAUCCUGCCGCACCCACGUCAGCUCAGCCCUGAGGAUGGAGGGAGCAGAGGCAGUGUGGAGUCAAAGGAGGAGCCGCACAAGGAGAGGCAUGCCGUAGAUACCUCAGGGUUAGACGUGAGUAACCCCACCCACGUCACCCCUGGGGAGUCGCACAGUCGAUCGACUCAGGAGGAAGAGGGCACCAGGACAGGAGAUAAAGCUAGCGAGCCGUGGGAAAAGCGCUAUGAGAAGAUAUGGGUGGAGAUCGAGAAGAGGGAGGUGAAAUCACAGUUCAAGAGCGUCGCGGCUGAGCUAAAGGAGAAGUUCGGAGAAACGCAGAAGGAUGCCGGCGGGCCCACCCUUGACGCGGGCAGCGGAGAGGAUGAGGAUGAGCAUGGGGAGGGAGAUGCUCCGUUCAGGACAGCGGAGGAAGAGUCCAGUGAGGAAGAGGAGAUAAUUCGACCUGCUGCCAGAGCUAAGAGCUUAGUCCUGCUGCCCAUUCCUGAACAGAGAGAAUCAGGGCUGGAGGACUCAGCGACUGAGCCAGCAGAGAGCCCUCAGUCUGAGAGGAGAGCGCGGCGAAAGUCUGGCUCACCACAGGACCCUUGCAGUGCUGAGAGCAGCCAGCGGGGGGAGCCUGACCGCAUUACAGAAAAGCAGGAGAACAAGCAAUUUCCUGCUCUGCGCCUACCAGGAAGUGACCUCAAAGACAGUGACACUGACCUUGAUGUUGACGCUGGGAACUGCGGCAAAAGGAAAAAAGAACUUGACUCUGAAGAAAGCUCCAUUGGUGAACCCAAACUCAAACUCCACCCCAGCAAGGAGUCCAAACUGUGCGCAUCUGCUCAAAGAACACACAACGAAACCGAAGCAGAGGCGGAGGAUUCUGAACCAAGCCCAUCCCCCUCCCUGCACACCAACCCCUCAGCCUCCCUGCGCUACUCUGACGAGGAGCUGGAGGAGGAUCGGCACAGGUUCCAGCGCGAGGUAGGGAAGCUAAGGGUGGCCCUCCUGGAUUUGGAGAAGGAGAAGGCGCAGCUGCGGAAAGAGGUUGGCACGGAAAAGAAAAGCAUUAUUUCCGAGGUGCAAAGACCAGGUGGAUUGUGGGAUGGUGAAGGCUCAAGCAGACAGUCUGUGCAGGAGUCACAGGUGGUGAAACCUCCUCAGACCAGCCGAAAACAGCAGCUGAGUGAGAAGGGAAAUGGGGUCACUCCAAAGGACAAGACCAGGGAAGGUCUUCCACAAAGGGAUUCGCCUAAAAGUCCAAAGAGUGGCAGCACGGCCUCGAAGCAGGAAGGCGACGGUGUGAAUACAGGCGAAAGGAACGCUCAGCGGCCCCCGCCCAGGCCCCGGCAAGCGGCCCACGCUAAUGGAGACCCCCUCUCUGUGUUUGAUGAUAGUACUGUGAGCGAGACCUCGGAGGAUGAUGGAAGGUCUGCAGCCGCAGGAAAUCGUGGAAACAAGGAGGCCAGUGAGAGGGAGAUGGCAGAUGACUUGGAUGAGCUCACUCAGUCCUCCGACACCCCCACCGAGGACGAGGUCUCCCCCACCUCAGGGUACCGCAACGCCUCCCUUCUCAUCCAGCAGCUUGAUUCCUCCUCAGUAGACUCUGUGAGCAUGGUGAAGCUGCAGAACAUGUUCCACGAGUAUGAGCGGACCAUCCAGCGAGAGAGGGGGCGCUAUAGUCUGCUGGCAGACAAGGUGUCCCGGCUAGAGAAAGACCGGGCGGAGCUGCGGCGGGCCCUGGAGGAGACCCGGGAGGGCCGGUCCGUCCUGGAGCGCCGCCAGGUGGAGCUGGAGACUGACCUCAAUAACCUCAAGUUUGCUCUGAAGCAGGAGCAGGAGAAGCACAGGAACGCGGCCAUGCUGUACGACAAGAGCCGGGAGCAGCUCCGCAAGAAGGAGGAGCAGCAGCGGGCCGAGGCGGAGGAGCGGCAGAGGACGGAGCUGGCCAUGAGGAACCUGGAGCUGGAGAUGAGGGCGCUCGUCAACAACAUGAAGCAGCUGGAGGAGGACCGCAACGAGGCCCAGCGGAUGCUGAACCAGGAGCGGAGCGCCCGGGCGCUGCAGGAGGGCGUGCUCAGCUCCCACCUGCGCAAACAGAAGGAGAUCGAGGAGGAGAACCGCCGGAACUUCAACAAAAGCAGCGAGGCCAUGUCCCAGCUGUCGGAGGCCAGCGACCGGGAGAAGGAGCUGAUGCAGCAGAGCCGCGGCCUGCAGGAGGAGGUGACGUCGCUGCAGAUGGAGCUGGAGCACGCGCGGUCCCACAGCCGCCAGGAGGAGGGCCGCCUCUCCGAGGAGAGCGAGGCCCUGCGGGAGCGGCUGGAGGACGUGCGGCGGGACCUGAAGCUGAGCGAGGAGGCGCUGGCGCAGACCGUCUUCCAGUGCAACAGCCAGCUGAGCGGCCUGAAGGCCGAGGCCUCGGUGGCCGCCGCCAAGCUGGAGCACGAGCGCCAGGCCCGCGAGAAGCUGGAGGCGGAGGCGGAGUCGGCGCGGGCGCGGCUGGCCUCCGCCCUCCAGGAGGUGGAGCGCAGCCAGGCGGGGCUGGCGGAGGCGGAGCGCGCCCUCCAGCGGGAGCGGGACGAGCGGCAGCGGGCGCGGGAGAAGCUGGACGCCGAGGCGGCCGCCCAGCGCGACGCCAUCCACGGGCUCUCCCAGCGGCUGGGCAAGGCCGAGGCCAAGGCCAACGGCCUGGAGAACGAGUGCCACCGCUCGGCCCUGGCGCUCACCGAGAAGACCCUGCUGCUGGAGACGGCCGAGCGCGAGCGCGAGCAGGCCCUGGCCCGGCUGGCCGAGCGCGACGCCGCCCUGCUGGCCGAGCGGGAGCAGCGCAGCAAGGCGGCGGCCAGGCAGGAGGCGCUGCAGGAGCGGCUGGGCCAGGCGCAGAGCGAGAACAUGCUCCUCCGCCAGCAGCUGGAGGAGGCGCACAGCCGGGGCGCGGUGAAGGAGCGCGCCGUGUCGGACGCGCAGGAGCGCUUCGGCGACAUGCUGGCCAAGCUGCGCUCCGACAGCGAGGAGCGCGUGCACAUGGUGGAGGAGCGGAGCCGGGAGCUGGCCGAGAAGAACACGGAGCUCCGCGAGCAGGUCCGCAAGCAGGAGCAGGAGAACGCCGAGAGAGAGGCCAAGCUGAGGCAGCUGCAGCAGGAGCUGGCCGACUCGCUGAAGAAGCUGUCCAUGUCCGAGGCCUCGCUGGAGGUGAACACCCGUUACCGUAGCGACCUGGAGGACGAGAAGCUGCGCCUGCAGAAGGAGAUGGACAGGCUGAAGGGAAAGCUGCAGGAGAGCGAGGAGCAGUUUGUCCAAUCGGAGCGAAGGCUCCACAGCUUGAAGAGCACCCUGGACGACAAAGAGCGAGAGAUCAUCGCCUCGUCUCAGAAACUGCAGGAGGUCCUCUCAGCUUCCACGGCGGCAGAAAAGACAAUCAAGCAGCUGGAGGAGGCGGUGCAGCGUUUGGAGAUUGAGAACGCCCGGCUAGAGGCCGCCGCCAAGCAGCAAACCAACAGAAUCGAGGUGCUGCAGAAGGGAGUCCAGGAGGCCGCACUGCCAUCAGAUUCAUCACCUGGCGGAAUGGUGAGGAACCGUUUGGAGGGUUUGGUCACAGACCUACAAGGAGCAAAGAUUAAUUUGGAAGAUCAGCUCAGUCGAGAGGUCCAGAAGCAGAGUGUGCUAUCCCACAAUGCACAGGGCUCGCACCAGUUGUGGGAGGAGGAGCUGAAGAGCCGCUCCAGGCUGGGCCUUCGAUUGGCUGAGCUAGAGAAGGAGAAAGAAGAUCUCUCAACUCAGAUGGAUAUUGAGCGAAAGAAGGUGAAGAAGAUCGCAGAGCAGAAAAAGUCUGUAGACGUCAGACUGGAGCAGGAGAUGAAGCGAAACACAGACCUGCAGAAAGAAAUGUACAGGUUGAGGACUCUGGUGAAAACUGCCAAAAAGAAGCUACGGGAGCAGGACUCGGGGGACGUGGCCUCCCCCCUCAGCAGCCUCCGAGGGGAGAUGGGCCACAGACAGAUGGACGCGGACGCCGCCGUCGGCAGGAUGAAGGUGGACGAGCUCUCGCUGCAGCUGGAGAAGGAGGCUCUGAAAUGCAGCCGGCUGGAGGCCGUCAACGGCGAGCUGAAGGAGCAGCUCUCCUCCCUCAGGAGCCUGAGCAAGAGCCACGAGAGGCUGGAGAGGAGCAAGAGGCAGCUGGAGGAGGAGGUGUCGGGCCUGCGGAGGCAGAUGGAGACCAGCAUGAUGGACCAGAGCCAGGCUGAGCAGUACCGCCGUGAAACCGAGGAGCGGGCCCGGCAGGAGAUCAGACACAAGCUGGAGGAGGUCAACCUCUUCCUGCAGACACAGGCAGCCUCUCAGGAGGCUCUGGAGCAGAUCAAAGCAGCCAAUGAGGCGAGCCUCCGCAGCCAGCUGGAGCAGCGAGUCCGGGACCUGGACAGUGAGCUGAGCCGGCUAAGGACCAGCCAGCAGGACAGCCUCUCCCAGAGGGACUCCACCAAGACCGAGCUGGAGCGCUACCGCGAGCUCUACGCCGAGGAGCUUCGGCUCCGCAAGUCCCUGGGUGCCAAACUGGAGAGGUCUAACGAGAGGCUAGCGGAGGCUAACGGCAGGCUGUUGAGCGAGCGCCAGCGCAGCAAGUCCCUCAUCACCAGCGGUAUCGUCAACGGCGGCCUGGCAGGGCCCUCCCUGGACAUGGGCCCGCUGGGCUCUGUGGGGGCCUACGGAGCAACGCUGGGGCCCCUCAACAGGAGCCUGAGCCUGGGGGGCAGUUUCCUCAGCCCAGUGGGGGAAGGACACAACAGCAGGGUGGAGGCCUACCUGGCCAAGAUGCAAAGUGAAUUGGAGAAGAACAUAUCAAAGGAACUGGACCAUGCCGCGGCGGAGCUGGAGGGGGGGUCGGCACGCCUGUCCCCUGUGGGCUCAGCGGCUGGGUCGCAGAAGACCCUGAACGUGGACCAGGACCCGGUGACGCGUGCCACUCAGCAGUACCUAGAAGUCUUAAAGAAAAACUACAUGAUUUGACACUACAGCCACCCUCUCCCAUCCUGUUUACAUCCACCCAAAUGGGGACGGCAGGUAUUCCAUCUGCCAUGUUUUCCCCUUGUACCACAUAACGGCCAUCACCCGCUCCCUUUUCAUUUCUAGAGGUGGCAUAUGAGAAUGAUGCACGCUGCACUUACUUGCUCAGGAGCAAACCACGUCCAUUUUAAUGUUGUUGAAGCCAUAUUUUUGCAUUUGUGAUUAAUGUGGUUCUAUGGAGUACCACACUUUCAGAAUAAUACUUUUUAAACUUUCCUUGAAAACAUUACAUUUAUUUCUGCAGUGUAUAUAUAGUUUAGUCACAUUUAGUGUGAGGUCAAGUUUUGUCCUUAACUUUGAAUUUAAAAAAAGAAUUAAGUGUGACUGUUCUUGUUACUUAUGAAAGUGGGAUUCAGUAGUAUCCAAAAAUUUUAAACUAUUGAAAAACAAAUUGCUUAAAUUUGCCACCUGGAGUUAUGGCGUUUAAAGAGGUUCAAUUAGGCUUGUCCUCAAAUCUGUGGUAGUUUGUGUCUGAAAUGCUUUUCUUUGCUCCAAGAGUAUUAUAAUGUAUCUUGAAUUUUAUUGCCAAGUCGGCAGUUUUUAUGUUACAUUUGGUACAUGCCAUGAAAUGGUGCAAUAUGUUUUUGUCAUGUUUUGUAAUGACUAUUCAUAUGAGACGCCUGUUUUUUUUAUUUUUAAAAAAAACAUAAGAUUUACUUGAAUGAGACAAACUUAAAUGAUUGUCUGUGUAUUUAUCCAGGGUAUAGAUAUUGUAAUAUGUUUUGUUCAUUAUAUUUAAGGUAGCCAUUUUAAAACUAAUCUCAAAGAAAGAAACACAGCUAAGACCCAAUGGGGUUCUUCCCAUUAAGUUUAUACAAGUUGCCAGGAUAAAAUGUGCAUCUUUGCAGCACCUAAAACAUGUAGUGAGCUCCAUAAUGUUUGGGACAAAGUUGGGUGAAAUGUACAUUCUCAGCUUUUAGGGUAUUUUUGUAUACCCUUUGGUUUUACCGUGUGGAAAUUUUAGAACUUUUUAUACAUAGCCCCCCUAUUUCAGGGCACCACAAUUUCUGGGACAUAUUAAUGAUAUGUAAAUGAAAAUAGUCAUAGGUUAGUACUUUGUCGCGUAUCCUUUGCUUGCAAAGACUGGUUUAAGUCUGUGACCCAGAGACAUCCCCAGCUGCUGAGUAUCUUCUCUGGUGAUGCUCCGCCAGGCCUGCACUACAAUAAUCUUCAGCUCCUGCUUGUUUUGGGGGCUAACUGUCUUAAGUUUUCUCUUCAGCAUAUGAAACAUAUGUUCAAUUGAAUUCCGAUUGGGUGAAUUUUCCAGUUUUUGGCUUUGUUGCUUUAGCAGUAUGUUUGAGAUCAGUUUCUUGCUGUAGGAUAAAGUGCCGUCCAAUGGGUUUGGAGGCAUUUGGUUUAACUUCAGCUGGUAAGAUGUUUCUGUACACUUCAGAAUUAAUUCUCCUGCUGCUACCUGCAGUUGCAUCAGUGAAGACAAAUGAGCCAGUAACUGUGGCAGCCGUCCAUGCACAAACCAUAAUGCUCCCACUACAUUUCACAGAUGCGGUUUGGUGCUUUGGAUCUUCGGCUGUUCCUUUUGUCCGCAAGGCCUUUUUCCAGAACUCUGCUGGCUCUUUUAGGUACUUUUUAGCUAACUUUGACCUAGCGAAUCUGUUUUUGCAGAUAAAUACUGGUUAGUGUAGUUGAAGUUUGCAUCUUGCAGUGUAGCCCCUGUAGUUCUGUUCCUGACAUGUUCUGGGGACAAUGUUUCUGAAUUGUCAGACAGCUUUUUGGGGCUUUUGCUUCAUUAUGGUGAGGCUUUUUCGGUCAUGAACUGUGGAGGUCUUCCUUGGCCUACCAGGCCCAUUUUGAUUACUGAACUCACCAGUGCUCUAUCUUCUUAAUGAUGUUCCGAACAGUUGAUUUUGGUAACACUAAGGUCUGUCAAAUGUCUCUGACUUUUUUUCCCCCUCACCCUCAUAAAGGCUUCCUUGACCUUCAUUGGCACAACUCUGGUCCUCGUUGACAAAUGCAAAUGACUCAAAACGCAAUCAAAAGCCUAGAAUCAAGACUAGAUACUGGAAGCUCUCUUAUACCUGCACAAAGGAAGAAAUUGAACACACCUAAUCAGGAACACCUGUGAAACCAUUUACACCUGUGGCUUAAAAUAUGGGGACUAUAUAUAAAACGCUGUAAUUUCUACAUGGUGAAACCAAAAUGUAUAAAAGUACCCUUUUUUGAAAAAAAAAGCUGUGUGCACUCAAACCACAUUUGAAUUGUUUGAUUACAAAUCAUUACAAAUCUAAAAUUGUGGAAUACAGAGCGUUAAGAAAUUAUGUCUUUGUCCCGAACGUCAAGCUCACUGCAUACGUGUGUGCAUUUUCAGGGUUUUAUCAUUGAAGAAACUGUUGGGUUUGGGAAUGGACACAGGUCUGUAAUGUGAUGGUGCGAUUGUACAGUCUGGUGAAAAGACCACACCCUGGUAAUAACCCAAGAGCUGAUAAGUCUCUCACAGAGCCACUGUAAACUUGACAUGUCUCAUUGCUGCACUGGGGCAAAGCCUAAUUGUAAAUGGUCAGCUGUUUCUCCAUACAUAUCUUUGUAUUUUUCGAUUAAAAAGGUUAAAUAAAUAAACUGAGUCAGUGCAAA